AUGGGCGUGCUUCAAGCAUUCAUCAAGAAUCAAGAGAGCUUUAACAAAAGUCAAGAGGAGGAAAAGAAGCAAAUCAAGGCGCAUAUGAAAAUGUUAGAGACCAAAAUCUCUCAAAUAGCCCUACAUAGAUCUUCAUCCUCCCCUUCUUCCUCUUCCUCUUUUCCUAUUCAAGGUGUCAACCCCAAACCUAUGUAUGCUAUCACUACUAGGAGCGGGAAAGUCCUUGAGAGUGAGUCAAAUGAUGACAAGAGUUCCAAUGUGAGGAUAGAACUAGAAGAUGAGGAUGAGCCACUUAAAGAGAGUGAGGUCCUAGAAAAAGAAAAUGAGAAGGGUGAGAAGCAAAAAGAGAAGGAGCCAACAAAAGAGAGUAACAAAGAUCAAACACCUUUGCCCCUAAAUCGACAACCUAGGAAUGAGAAAUUUCCAUUUCCCCAAAGGUUUGCUAGGUCUAGGCUUGAUUCCCAAUUUGGAAAGUUCUUAGAAGUAGUCAAAGGUUUGCAUGUUUCGAUACCUUUUGUGGAUGCCAUGAAGGAGAUGCCCCACUACUCUAAGUUCCUAAAAGACCUAUUGAAUGGGAAGAGAGAAGUUGAAACCGUAAACUUGACCGCAAAUUGUAGUGCCAUUCUCUAUAGCAAGCUUCCAAAAAAAUUGCAAGAUCCCAGUAGUUUUUCCAUUCCUUUUUCCAUUAAUGAGAUUCACUUAGGAAAGGCGUUGUGCGAUCUAGGCGCUAGUGUAAGUCUUAUUCCCUUCUUGGUCUACCAAAAGCUCAAUGUAGGAAGCCUUUCACCUACCAACAUCACCCUCCAACUAGUGGAUAGGUCCACUAAAUUGCCCAUAGGGAAAGUUGAGGACAUUCCCCUUAGAGUUAGUAAGUUCACAUUUCUGGUGGACUUUUAUGUUCUAGAGAUGGAUGAGGAUGAGAGGAUUCCUAUAAUUUUGGGUAGACCAUUAAUAGCUACCUCUAAAACAAUCAUUAAUGUUUAA